UUCCUGCGCCUCUCUGACACUCCGUGGUUUCCUCCGUUCGGCUCUUAGAGGAAUUCAGAGGCAGUCGGAGACAACGGAGCGGAAUUUCUCACAUGCAUAAAAUUAUACCCACAACACGAAAGGUCAGCCGCGCGACCCGGAGAGGUGGGGACACAGGAGCCAUCUGGACUGACAGCAGGGACACGCCGCUGCGUCUCCAGGGGGGGAGCUGAACUUUGACGCUUCUUCUCAAACUCUCCAGAACUUUGACAACAUUAUCUCACCUGCGAGCCCGGUUUGGGAUUCUGGAACUUUUGGCGCAUCUUUUACGCACGCCUUGCGCACCGCACAGUGUGGCUGUGAGAAACUUUUCCUCUCGGGCCAUGCUGCGGUGAAGUUUGAAGCUGCAGAAGGCGAAGGGGGAUGCUGGGAGAAUUCCUAAGGAAUCACGCGGAGGGAGAGAAAAAACCCAAAAGUUGGGAGGACUGUAAAUCAGAGAGGCGCGCGCGCGGCGGGGUGACGCGAGGACACGACAGGUCGGUGUCUCCAAAUUCACCGGGCUCGAGUUUCCGCCGCUCCGGGGUCUCCUGGUAUUCUGGCGUCCAUCUGACCUGAGAGGAGUUGUCAACAGGAGCCAGCGCGCGGAGCGGAGCUGGCAGGUGGACAAGUUCAUCUACAUGCAGACGUAUAUUCUCCCACUAUAAAUAGAAGUCUGAGGAACAAGCAGCCUUAAGAAGUUCCUCCUCCCAGCAGCAGCAGCAGCCCCCGCGCACCGGGCGUGUGCGUGUGCCUAUAUAUACACCAUACAGGCUUUUAUUCAGCUCCGCAACCUGUUUCCGAGAGGGCUGCCCGCCGUCGGUUUGGCUGUGAGGGCAGGAGUCGUCGCAUGGACUGACAUGGCCACCGACCUCGCCAUGAGCGCAGAGCUGCCCAACAGCCCUCUGGCCAUCGAGUACGUCAACGACUUCGACCUGAUGAAGUUUGAGGUGAAGAAGGAGCCGCUGGAGGCCGAGCGCUUCUGCCACCCCUUGCCCUUCCCGUCCGGCUCCCUGUCCUCCACCCCCCUCAGCACACCUUGUUCCUCCGUGCCUUCAUCGCCCAGCUUCUGCGCUCCGAGCCCGGGGGCGCAGCCGAACCAGGGCCUCCCGAACGGGGUGAACGGCAGCGGCAAUAGCAACAACAGCAGCGGCCCAAACAAUCACAACAACGGGGGCAAGCCUCAGCUGGAGGACCUGUACUGGAUCCCCAGCUACCAGCACCACAUCAACCCGGAGGCGCUCAACCUGACCCCGGAGGACGCGGUGGAGGCCCUGAUCGGCAACGCGCACCACCAUCACCACCACACCGAGGCCUACGACGGCUUCCGCGGGCAGCAGUACGUCGGGGAGGACCUGUCCACGGCCUCGACCGCCCACCACCACCAGGCUCACCACCACCACCAUCACCACCACCACGGCCACCACGCGCGCCUGGAGGACCGCUUCUCUGACGAGCAGCUGGUCAGCAUGACGGUGCGGGAGUUGAACCGGCAGCUGCGGGGCUUCAGCAAGGAGGAGGUGAUCCGCCUGAAGCAGAAGAGGCGCACCCUGAAGAACCGCGGCUACGCGCAGUCCUGCCGCUUCAAGCGCGUGCAGCAGAGGCACAUGCUGGAGACGGAGAAGUGCACCCUGCAGAACCAGGUGGAGCAGCUGAAGCAGGACGUGGCGCGCCUCGCCAAGGAGCGGGAUCUGUACAAGGAGAAGUACGAGAAGCUGGCGAGCCGGACCUACAACACCGGCGGGCCGGCGAGCACGAGGGAUCCGUCCGGGAAGCAGAACGACUUCUUCAUGUGAGACACUCCCGGGACGGGAGCAGAACUCUGGGCCCCUGUCCGGUUUCCGACCCAAACACUCCUCCUCCUCUUUGUUUACAGUUUAUUUUUGAACAGAAAACAAACAUUAAAGCUUAAUUGGGGGGGGAUUCAGAAGUCUUACGGGGGGGGGGGGGGGGGGGGGGGGUGUUGAGUCAGAAUGUGUGUUUUUAUACAGACUGAAGCGAAAGGCCGCCUCUUCUCACAAACUCCCAGAACUCUACAGGAGGAGGCCCGCUGCUGCACCUCCUCCACCCUGCAUGCAGGACAUGUACGGUACCUUCCAGUCAAAGCAUGAGCCAUGGUUCUCCUCCUCUUGCUCCCCCUCCAUCCCCUGUCACCAGUAGGACCUGGGUAUGCGUAAAAGCCACAACAAUUCCUCCUCCUCACCUCUCCGCCCCCCGGAGAGGCGCAAAGACUGAAAACAAUCUGCUCUGGAUGCGUCCCUAUCUGCUAUUUUCAAUCAAUUCUUCUAUUGUUUUAAAAAAAAAAGAACAAAAAGAGAAGAGCUGAGCCAGAUCUGACUGUCUAUUCCCACCUGUAAAUAUGACGUGGAGAAACUCACAUGUGACACCUGCGGUUUUCUCUCUUUUUAAGGAUUUUGUUGCUUGGAUUAUUCGAAAUGUCUUAAUUCAAAAUGUUUGUAUGUUACAGCAUGCAAAUCGUCUAUCGUACGCGCCCCUCACACACACACACACCUGAACAUGUGUGACGUCAGAAGCCUUUACUGCACUGAGAUCCACCUGGACUAACGUUUGGGUUCUGAUGUGAAUUAGAUGGACUGGAAGGACAAACGACUGCUGCUAAAACUAUGCACCAAUCAGACGAUUUAAAAGACUUAAUCAUUUAUUUUAUUUGUUCUUUUUUAAAUUUAAUGAAUUGCUGACGCUGUUUCCGGGCCUGCAGCCCGCAGUCUUAACCCAUCAGAUGGAUGUUUGGUGUUUGAUGGACUUUGCCUGUGAUGAAGAUGACUGUUCUUCAUCUUCCUGUCAACAGCGAGCUCGUGCGUUUCGUGCUGCCGAGAUAAAUGUGCAAUAUUGUGCAGAAGCGUCCGGUUCCACCUGUUGGAUGGACAGACCUGCAGAAUAACAAUAACAGUAAUAAACAGCGAGUUUUGGAUCGGAACCAUUGCAAUGAACAAGAAUCACCAAAUAAAUGCAAACGUGAUUAAAACAGGUCAACUAAACGAGUGCAACCAAGUUUAGUUCAGUAAUAAAAACAUUAGAAGGAUGUUCGUUUGUAUUUUGGUGCCGUCUGAGAGCAACAUCUGGAGGGGCGGGGUCUUCUGCACAGUGCUGAUGUGUAUCUGUACAUAACAUUUCUAUAUUUAUUCCGAUCAGCGUGUCAGCAAGUGGAAACCUGCACAUGGAAAGUUGUUGAAACUCUUGUUUUCAUAAUGUUUAAUAAAAUUUCUGUCCCAACCUG